ACGCUGAGGGAAUUAAAUUAGUUUCCAAUUCCGCUAAAUUUUCCCUUCCCUAUCCCUAACGCGUCAGGGAAAUAUAGCUUUUAACAAGAUAUAAGGGAAGGAAAACAAAAAACGCUUCUUCGCUUUGAGCCUUACACACUGAUUUACUAUUCCAUGAUUGAACCGUGCUGCAUCUCUCUCCCAACUGAUUGUUUUUACUUUUGCUUUUUCAGUGUAAUGGGAGUAGGCAAAUUGAAGGGGGAAAACGGCACAUCAAUGGGCAUGGCGGAAAGGAGAUCGGGCGAGAAGGAAGACGAACACGAGCACGAGCAUGAGCACGAACACGAGCACGAGCAGUGCCCCUGCCCAUCCACCUCUGACGAAGAUGAUCCUGGUCUAAGACCUUCGCAAUUGUAUGGCAAAUUUACAUGGAGAAUUGAGAAUUUCUCUCAAAUUAGCAAAAGAGAGCUCCGGAGUAAUGUUUUUGAAGUUGGUGGUUAUAAAUGGUACAUUUUAGUGUAUCCCCAGGGCUGUGAUGUCUGUAAUCAUCUCUCACUUUUCCUCUGUGUUGCUGAUUAUGACAAACUCCUGCCAGGAUGGAGUCAUUUUGCACAAUUCACAAUUUCUGUUGUAAACAAAGAUCCAAAGAAAUCAAAAUACUCAGAUACAUUGCAUCGCUUUUGUAAGAAGGAACAUGACUGGGGGUGGAAAAAAUUUAUGGAGGUGUCAAAAGUUUUAGAUGGUUUUACAAUGGCUGAUACACUUGUUAUCAAGGCACAAGUUCAGGUUAUCAGGGAAAAUCCACACCGUCCUUUUCGUUGCCUUGAUUGCCAAUAUAGAAGAGAGUUAGUUCGUGUAUAUAUAACCAAUGUUGAAGCAAUUUGUAGACGGUUUGUGGAGGAGAAGCGGGAAAAGCUUGGGAAAUUGAGAGAGGACACAGCGAAAUGGUCAAGUUUUUGCACUUUUUGGUUAGCGGUUGAUGAAGAUGAGCAGCGCCGCAUGUCAAGAGAGAAAACAGAUGUCAUCCUUAAACAGGUUGUCAAGCGCUUUUUCAAUGAAAAAGAAGUUACAUCUACCUUAGUUAUGGAUGCUCUCUAUAGUGGCUACAAAGCUCUUGAGUAUCAGAGUGCAAACAAUAAGGGAAAAAGUAGAAGCAUGGACCUGGAGGAUAUAUCACCACCUGUUGUUUGUGUGGAGAAAGAUGUGUUUGUGCUGGCUGAUGAUGUGCUGUCUUUGCUUGAAAGGGCUGCAACUGAACCAUUGCCACCAUUGAAGGAUGACAAGGGCCCUCAGAAUCGUACAAAGGAUGGAGGUUCAGGUGACGAUUUCGGUAGGGAUUCUGUUGAUUGUGAUGAAAAAUGUCUCACAGAGCUAGGGAGGAGAACUGUUGAAAUGUUUGUGCUAGCACACCUCUACAGCAAUCAUGUUGAAAUGGCUUAUCAGAGAGAUGUUUCUAUAAAAAUGCAAGAAGAACUCAUUCGUGAAGAGGAGGCAGCGAGCCAUGCUGAAAUUGAACAGAGGGCAAAGCGUGAAGCAGCCGACAAAGAAAAACGAUCUAAGAAAAAACAGCAGGCAAAACAAAGGCGAAGCACCCGCAAAGAAAAAGACAGAGUGAGGAAUGAUAAUGGUGAUAUUAAUGCCCAACACCAACACCACCAAGAAAUCCUUUCUGUCAUUAGAAAUGUAGAUGCAAGCUCCUCAAAGGGGUCUCCAUUGCCUGUCCUGGAAAUAUUGGGCACUCCAGAUGAAGGUGAUUUGAGUGGAUUGGAUAAAACAGAUAAUGUCGUGGGUAUAAUUAGACUAGAAACAGAGGAUGGGGAUGUAAGCCGUGUAGAUUGGGACAGGGAUAGUUCAGAAAUGCAGCAGGAUAUGGAAGCCAGCUUCAGUGGGUCUGUCUCUGUUUCAGUAGAAAGUGUUCGAAUGGGCAGAAAACAGAGGCCUGCACUGGAUGACAGCUCAUCAACAUGCUCAACAGAUUCUCUUGCAUCUGUUGCGAUGAAUAAUGGCUCCUUCAAGGGCAAUUCUUUAUUCUCCAACAAGUGUGAAUCAUUGUCAACCAGGGGAAAAAAUAAAAGCAACAGUGAACGGUAUGACACAACUAAUGGCACCAGAGCUGGUGCUAAUGUGGCUUCAAUUUCUGCACUUGAAGUUAAUAAUAGUAUUAGUAAAUCCAACUCUAAUGAAGAGGUACUUACGUUGAAACAACGUGUGCAGUGGCUUGAGCAUAGAAUAGUGGAGAAGGAUGAUGAAAUUACACUUUUGAAAAACAAGCUUAAUUCUUACCAACAUCAGAUAGAUUGUGACAAGCCCUCUAAGCAACAAGAUAUGACUGCAAAUCACUGUCAUACAAGAAAUGCAGGGUUAUCAAGCUUGAGAAGUGUGGAUGAUGAUGAACAUAAAUCAUCUUGUGUGCAGGCAGAUGACUCAAGCUUGAAAGGUGGCAGCUCAUGUAGUCCAGGAGAGCUUCAAGUUAAAUGUUCUUUAUCAAAAGAUCUACCUGCUGAAAGUAGUAACAUGGAAGGCAGCAAUUUAACUCUUAAGAAGACUAAUACACUGACACAUUCUGUCUCAUUCAAACAGCAUUUGCAGAAGACAAUGCCACCUAAUAGUCGUAGCAGAGAAAUUGAUCAGCAUGCAAAGUGUGCCACCACUGCUCCAUUGCAAAUUGAAUCUGAUGAAAUGUUGCGGCCAUCCAGUGCUCCUUUAAUUCCGGCUGUUCCAAGAUCGAAUAUUCCUGCUGCAUUAACUUCAUCUGUGCAAUCGUUGGCACGCUCAGUUAGUGCAGCUGGAAGAUUGGAUGGCGGUGUUGAUCCAAUGCCAUCUAGCAGCUCUUCAUUAUCCCGCAGUCCUUCUGUGAGCCCAUCAUACAGGAAUGCUGCUGCUGGGAAAAUGAAAGGAACUUCAAGUGGGCAUUAUCCUCCCGUGGCAUCAAGUGUGGCACAUACUGGUGUUUGUGUCACUCAAAGUCCUCCAUCUUCGCUGUGCAUGGUGUCCUCUCCUUCAAAUCCUUAUAAAGUUCAUAUAUCUUGUCCAGAGUCAUUGGGUCGUGUAAGGGAGGAUGCAUCCUCAUCCUCAUCAACGUGUAUCCCUUCCCAUAUUUCCACACCACAGACUACUAUGUUGAAUGGAUUUACAAAAGAUCAGUCUCCAAUCUGUGGAGUUGAGAAAAGUGCAUCUCAUAUGGGAUUCACCUUUGGCACAAUUAUGCCAGAACUGCUGCAUAGAAAUCGACCUCAGGAACUACAGGAUGUUGAUGUGACAAUGUCAGGAGUAGAAGAUCAUCGCCAACAACAGCAAAGAUUCUUGGAGCACUGUGUACAUCAACAACAAAGGAAGUUACAGAGUCUUCAAAUUAAUCAAUUUCAAUCUGUGCAGGAUAAUCUUGGCAUAAGAUUUCCACAGUCAUGUCCAGACGAUCUUGCAAGCCAAGGAUUAUUCAAGAGUAUGAAUUCUCGAAAUGUAACUAGACGUGCUGGUGCUGUGAUGGGAGAAGACUUCCCACAUUUAGACAUGAUUGACUAUUUGCUUGAUGAAGAACAAAGCCGGGGUAAGGUGGCACUCAGUACUAAACUCCAAAAUCCGGGAGAGCAGAUAUUGAAUGGGCAGUUUUAUUUGCCAGGAUUCCACGGUCCCAAUAUUGAUCUUCAUAACGGCAGUGGAUUUGAUAGAUACAUGCCUGAGGAAGAUAGUACCUUGCAGAUGGCUUGCCCGUCAGAUUGGUGUAGUAGUGGACUAAGUGAGAGCAUGCAAGUGCUUCCUCCUUAUCCUCAUUCUUCACCUAGUCAGUAUUAUGAUCAGUAUAGUGGUCAACUUGAAGAAGUUCCAUCUCACAACUGGUCCAUGUAUAGUGCUGAUAUGCCUCCAAAAAGUUUCAUAAACAAUGGACAUGGUCCUAUUGCUUCUCCAAUGGGGAAUUCUAUCCAAGGGCAUCAUUACUCAGCUGAAUUUUCAAAUGGUUAUGCCUUUUAUUAGAUCCAAUAAUCGUCUUUGACAGAUUGGAUAAAUUUUCAACUUAUUUAAAUUCAUUGGUGACUACAUAUUUCUUCUUA